UUUACAUGGCCGCGAGGUAAUCUGGCCUACCACCCAUUAUAACUAUCCGUUCUCUUGACUCUGGCUCAACUCCAGCCCAUCCCUUCCCCCCUGUAGCCAUUCCAUUUUCAACACCACCCACUGUACAACACACCAUGGCAGGAUCAGAGCAGGAACCCAUCGCCGUCAUCGGCAUGGCCUGUCGUUUUCCCGGCGGCUCAGACUCCCCCUCCAAGUUAUGGGACCUCCUCCAGGCCCCCCGGAACCUCACCCAGCGCAUCCCCAAGGACCGAUUCGACACGACGGGCUUCCACCACACGAAUGGAUCCCAUCACGGUGCGUCGGAUGCUACGAAUGCGUACUUCAUCGAGGAGGAUGUCACGCGCUUCGAUAACUCGUUUUUUAAUAUUCAGCCGGCUGAGGCGGAGGCGAUUGAUCCCCAGCAAAGGUUGAUUAUGGAGACGGUUUAUGAUUCAUUGUGCGCGGGUGGCCAAACGAUCGAAAACCUUCGCGGCUCGAAAACAGCCGUGUAUGUGGGGAUGAUGUGCGACGACUGGGCGCAGAUCGUCAACCGGGACUGGGACCUGGCGCCGACGUAUGCCGCCACGGGUGACAGUCGCGCGAUUGUCUCGAAUCGGGUCUCGUACUUUUUUGACUGGCAUGGGCCCAGUAUGACUAUUGACACGGCCUGCUCGUCCUCGUUGGUGGCGGUGCAUCAGGGUGUGACGGCCCUAAGGAAUGGCGAGUGUCCGAUUGCCAUUGCGGCGGGAGCGAACUUGAUUAUGGCACCGGGCAUGUUCAUCAAGGAGAGUAGUCUCCACAUGCUGUCGCCCACCGGCAGCAGCAAGAUGUGGGAUGCUGCGGCUGACGGCUAUGCGCGUGGUGAGGGUAUUGCCGCUGUUGUGUUGAAGCCUCUCAGUGCGGCCCUGAGAGAUGGCGAUCACAUUGACUGCAUUAUCCGUGGGACGGCUGUGAACCAGGACGGCAAGACAGCCGGGUUAACGAUGCCCAGCAACAUCGCUCAGGCCGAGCUCAUCCGGGACACCUAUGCCCGCGCUGGCCUCGACAUCAACGACCCCAAAGAUCGCCCGCAGUUCUUCCACGCCCAUGGUACUGGUACGCCGGCGGGUGAUCCUCAGGAAGCCGAAGCCAUUUCUCGGUCUUUCUUUGGUGAUGGCAAGGUGACUGAUCCGCUGUUUGUCGGAUCCAUCAAGACGGUGAUUGGACACACCGAGGGCGCGGCCGGUCUGGCCAGCUUGAUCGGCUCCGCGCUGGCCAUGCAGCAUGGCACCAUUCCUCCCAACUUGCACUUCAAGAAGCUCAGUGCCCGCGUGGCCCCAUUCUACACGCAUCUGAAGAUUCCCACCAGUGCCACGCCCUGGCCUACCACGCUCCCUGGCCAGCCGCGCCGGGUGAGCGUCAACAGUUUCGGAUUCGGUGGCACCAACGCACACGCUAUUCUCGAAUAUCCGGAACCGGAACCCUCAGUGAAGUCCCCCGUCACCGUGGUGCCCGCAUUCUCUCCCCUGAUCCUCUCGGCCGCCUCCUCGUCGACCCUGCGUGCCACCCUGCAAGACCUGCGGAACUACCUCACAGCCCACCCCGACACCAACCUCCGCGACCUGGCCUACACCCUGCAGACGCGUCGCUCGACCCUCGCCUACCGCAAGGUCAUCAUCGCUGCCACCCCGGCCGAGGCCGUGAAGCGCAUUGAUGCCCUCCUGGCCGACGACAACGGCAGCGACAAUGGCCUCACGACGCGGUACUACGACGUGGCCCAGCCCGCCAUCCUCGGCGUCUUCACCGGACAAGGUGCCCAGUGGCCGCGCAUGGGCGCUCGUCUCAUCGAGGACUCCCCCUUUGCCGCCCAACGCAUCGCCGAGCUGCAGCGCGCCCUGGCCACGCUCCCCGAUGGCGAUCGUCCCAGCUGGACCCUCAGCGGGCAACUCCUCGCCCAAGCCAAGUCCUCUCGCCUGGCGGAGGCCGCUGUCGCGCAGCCCCUCUGCACAGCCGUGCAGAUCGUUCUCGUCGACUUGCUCCGCGCCGCGAACAUCCGUCUGCGCGCCGUGGUCGGUCACUCGUCUGGCGAGAUUGGUGCCGCCUAUGCGGCGGGCUUCCUGUCCGCGACCAACGCCAUCCGCGUCGCUUACUACCGUGGUCUGUAUGCCAAACUGGCCGGCUCGGGUGGUCAACCCGGUGCCAUGAUGGCCGUGGGUACCUCGUUCGAGGAUGCGCAGGAGUUCUGUGAGCUCGAGGACAUGGUGGGCCGCAUCCAGGUGGCUGCCCGUAACUCGUCCGCCAGUAUCACCCUCUCCGGUGACGAGGAUGCCAUUGAAGAAGCCGUGGCGAUCUUCCAGGAUGAGGGCAAAUUCGCCCGUCGUCUUCGCGUCGAUACGGCCUACCACUCCACGCACAUGCUGCCGUGCGCGGAACCCUACCGCGCGGGACUGACGCGGGCGGGCUACGCCGUGGAAGCGGGCAACGAGACUACCUGGUUCUCCAGUGUCAUCGCGGGUGGUGGUCACGUCAUGACCCAGGAGGACGUUCAGGACCCCCAGUACUGGAUCGACAACAUGACCAGUGCGGUGCUGUUCGAGCCCGCCGUCUCUCAGGUCGUCUCCCAUGCCGGCCCCUUCGACAUCGCGAUUGAAUUCGGACCUCAUCCGGCCCUUAAGGGCCCAGCCCUCGAUACCAUCGAGCAGACGGGUGGUCAUCCCAUUCCCUAUACCGGUCUACUGGCCCGCAACAAGGACGACGUGGUGGAGCUGGCCUCUGCCCUGGGCUUCUUAUGGACGCAUCUGGGCGCCUUCUCGGUCCACUUUGAUGGCUUCGAGACGUUGAUCGCGGGGAUCGGUGCGCCGACGAAGCAGGCUGUGACGGACUUGCCUACGUAUCCGUUUGAUCACUCGCGCUCGUUCAACUCGCUUACGCGCUUCUCGGGCGGUCAUCGGCAUCUGCACGCGAAGCCGCAUCCCCUGCUGGGUCGGCGGUUGGUGGAGAUUGAAACGGCGGAUGAGAUGGCCUGGCGGAAUGUCCUGCGUCCGGCGGAGAAUAGCUGGCUGCAGGGGCACGCCUUGCAGGGUCAGAGUGUCUUCCCGGCCAUGGGCUAUGUGUCGCUGGCGGUGGAAGCGGUGGCUGUGGCCGCGGGCGAGCGUCCCUUGGGACUGAUCACCCUCGAGGAUGUGGUCAUCGGCCGUGCCCUAGCCUUUACGGAUGAGACGGCGGGCAUGGAGACCAAGGUGACUCUCACCGUGGUGCGGUCGACGGACGACGAGCUCUGCGCCCGCGUGGCCUGCCACUCCGGACUGCCCUUUGACAGCGCCACCCCCCUGGCGCUCAACUUCAGCACCACCGUCACGGUGAACUUCCAUGUCCCGGCCCCGGAUACCCUGCCCGCCUCCCGGCCCGACGAGAUCAACCUGGUCGACGCGGAGGCCGAGCGACUGUACUCGCAGUUUGCCCAGCUGGGGUACAACUACAGUCCCCCCUUCACCGGCGUGCGGGGCAUCCGACGCAAGCUGGGCUGGGCCACCGGCGCCAUCGAGGACGAGGCCGGCGAUGCCUGGGAAGAUCAAUUGCGGGUGCACCCCGGUUGGUUGGAUUCCGCGAUCCAGACGGGUUUCGCCGCCUACAGCCAUCCCCACGACAACCGCCUGUUUACCCUGUGCGUGCCCACCUCCAUUCGCUCGGUGGUCAUCAACCCGUACUUCUGUGACUUCCGGGCCACCCGCAACCGCUCCCUGGGGUACCAGACCACGGCGCGUCCCGCUCCCGAGGGCGCCAUGCUGGUCGAUAUUGAUAUCUUCCCCGGGGGGGAGGCCCAGACGCACCCGUUCGUGCAGUUCGAGGCGGUCGAAAUGCGUCCCUUUGCGGCGGCCACUCCCCGCGAUGAUACGGUGAUCUACACGCGCUGGCACUACCGCUCGGCGGUGCCGGAUGCGGAGCUCGUGCGGGAGGGCGAGGAUGAGGAUGAGGCUGCCCGGGUGGCAGCCGAGCGCGUCGGCUUCUUCUACCUGCGUCGUCUGCACGAGUCCCUGACCCAGUGGGAGAAGGCCGAUGCCUUGCCGCAAUACCGGCAGUUGCUGGAUGUUGCGGCCCGCACGGUCGAUGUCGUGUCCAAGGGAGAACAUGCUCAGGUGCCCCGCGCGGCGUUGCAGGACUCGUCUGCGUUUAUUCAUGCCCUUAUUGCCAAGUACCACGACCGCGCCGACAUGCAGCUGCUCGAGGCGGCGGGUGAGCAUCUGGCCGAGGAGAUCCGUCGGGGCGGUAGCAUCGAGGAGCAUCUCGUCGCGGAUGGGAUGCUGAGCCGGUUCUACGAGAGCCUGUCUGCUAGCACCUGGUACGGCCGGGUGGCUGCUCAGAUCGCCUACCGAUUCCCGCGCACCAAUAUUCUCGAAAUCGGCACGGGCACUGCGGCGGGAUCCACUGCCUCUAUCCUCACGGCCCUGGGCGAUGCCUUUUCCUCGUACACGUACGCGGAUGCUUCCUCGGACGCCUUCGACCGGGUCUCCGCGCGCUUCCCCGCCUCGGCAGAGCGGUUAGGGUUCACGACUUACGAUCUGAACGUCUCCCCUACCGAGCAAGGCUUGGAAGAAGCUUCCUACGAUCUGGUCCUGGCGUCUGCGGUCCUCCAUACCGCUGACAACGUCGAAGAGACCCUGGCCAACGCGCGCAAGCUCGUGCGCACAGGUGGUUACCUCGUCGUGCUGGAUGUUGCCACCAACGAUUCUCCCAGCCUGGCCACCAUUUUCGGCGGCCGGUCGAGUUGGUGGGCCGGCCAGGGGCCCUCCCUGUCACAGGAGAAGUGGGAUGCAUUGACCCGCCGCCACGGCUUCAGCGGCGUCGAUACCCAUACCCCCCGCGACAAGGCCUGGUUCUCCGUCUGGGUCAGUCAGGCCGUCGACGAGCGCGUCACCAGCCUCCGCGCGCCUCUCGCCGCUCCCAUUCCCGCGCAGGCUCCCAGUCAGCUGGUCAUUGUCGGUGGACGUACCCCCGCCGUGGCCGAGCUGGUCCAGGGCGCGAGCACCCUGCUCCGCGCACGCUAUCCCACCGUCACCCACGUCCGGACCCUGGAGGAACUCAACACCCUCGGCCUGGCCCCCGGCGCCUCAGUGCUGUCCCUGACCGAGCUGGACGGACAGUUCUUCGAGGUCCGCUCCGCCGCCAAGCUGGAGGGUCUCAAGACCAUCUGGCGCCAGGGAGGCAGCAUCCUCUGGGUGACCCGUGAAGCCCGCGCCGAACGGCCCUACUCCUCCAUCAUCCUGGGGGUGGCGCGUGUCGUGCGUCAUGAGCAUCCGAAUGUCAGUCUGCAGAUCCUCGACUUUGACAAUGCCACCGAGGCCACGCCCCAGCGGGUGGCAGAGGUUCUCGUCCGUCUGGAGCUGGGCACGCGCUUCAAGAAGGCGCAGGAUGGUUCGUCCUUGUUGUGGACCGUCGAGCCGGAGUACCACUAUGUGGAUGGCAAGCUGCUGAUUCCCCGUCUGUUGGACGACAAAUCCGGGAACAAGCGGUAUAAUACCUACCGUCGUGCGGUGCACGAUGAGGUGGAUCCCCGGGAGACCACCCUGGUGCUGGAGGCAUCGGCCGAUGGCCAGUCCUGGGAGCUGGCUACUGUCUCGCCGCUGCGGGUGCUGCCGGCGUUGCACACGGCCGGGAAGACGGUCACCCUCCGCGUCGAGCAGUCGUUGCUGCAAGUCGUCAAGGUCGGUCGCGCUGGAUCCUUCACCCUGCUGGUGGGAAGGGAUGAGAGCGACCACCGCUUCGUGGCUCUGGCCGACACAGCGGUGGAGUCUCAGACGCGCGUGCCGGUGGCCUGGACCGUCCGUCUGGGCCACAGUGCUGGGGACAUCAGCACCUUGCUGGUCGGAGUCGCUGCCAAUCUGCUGUCGCAAGCCAUCCUGGCGGCUGCACCACGAUUCGGCACGGUGGUCGUGCACGAGGCCGAUCCGCUGCUCAAGGACGCCGUCGACCGCGAGGCUGCCCGCGAAGGUAUCCCGGUGGUCUUUACCACCGCGGAGAAGAGCAAGACCACGCAUGACCGUCUGGUCCCGUACGUCUUUGUGCACGACAAGCUGCCCGUCCGCCUGGUCCGCAGCUUAUUGCCGCGCGACGUCUCGUUCCUGGUCGAUCUGUCGCCCACGGCCAGUGCAGCCCUCGUGGCCCGCGCCAUCGCGCCGCACACGGCCAAGGCGACGGCCACCACCUUCCUGGGCACGCAAGCUGGUCUCUCCCCGGACACGGAUGCCGAGGAGGUCGACCAGGUUGCCCGCACGCUCAAGGCGGCCUGGCAAGCGGUGACCAGCCGCUCCCGACGCGCCUCGAUCCCACCGAACGUUCCCCGGCUGUCGCUGCAGGACGUAUCUGGAUCCCCCGCGGUGCAGGCCUCCCUGACGAUUGUCGACUGGACUGCCCAGGCAUCUGUCCGUGCCCUGGUCCGGCCCAUCGACCACGGCGCCAUCUUCCGCGCGGACGGUACCUACCUCCUUGUCGGGUUGACCGGAGAACUGGGUCAGUCGCUGUGUGCCUGGAUGGUGGCCCACGGGGCCCGGCACAUCGUGCUCUCCAGUCGUCGCCCCAAGAUCAGCCAGCGGUUCAUCGACACCUGCGCGGCCGAGGGCGCCAUCAUCAAACCCGUGUCCCUUGACGUGACGCGCCGCGAGUCCCUCCGCGCCGCCGUCCAGGAGAUCCACGCCGCGCUGCCUCCCAUCAUCGGGGUGGCCAACGGCGCCAUGAUCAUCGAGGAUGCCCUCUUCGACGACAUUACCUGGGAAUCGCUCCAGCGGACCGCCCCGCCCAAGAUUGACGGGGCCGUCAUCCUCGAUGAGUUCUUCUGGGAUACCCCCCUGGAUUUCUUCAUCCUGUUCACCUCCCUGGCCAACGUCGUCGGGAACACGGGUCAGUCGGCCUAUGUCAUGGGCAAUCAGUUCAUGGCGGCCCUCGCGGCCAACCGUCGGGACGUGCGCGGCGUGGCCGGCUCCGAUAUGGCCAUCUCCUCCAUCCAGGGUCUGGGCUACUUCGAGCACGCCAACCACCUGGACAAGGACCAUUUCACCCGCAUUGGCUACCGCAAUGUCUCCGAGCAGGACUUCCACGGCUUGUUCGCCGAGGCGGUUCUCGCGGGUCGCCCUGGUACCACGCUGGGCUCCGAGGUGUGUACCGGUGUCUCGCCCUUUCGCGACAGUGCCGUGCUUCUGGGCAACCCCGUCUUCGGGCAUCUCCUGCUGCACGAUGCGGUGGCCCAGGGCGGCCGCGCGGGGGGUGCCGGCAAGUCGGAGCGUCCCCGGGCCCGCCUGAUGGCCGCUGCGUCUCGCGCAGAGGCCCAGGCGAUCGUCCGCGAGGCCUUCCUCGAGCGUCUCAAGCGGAUCCUCAUGAUUCCCCAGGGCGAGAGCGUCAACGAAAAGGUCACCCUGGUCGAGCAGGGUGUCGACUCCAUCAUGGCGGUCGAGGUCCGGACCUGGUUCCUGCAGGAAUUUGAUGCCGAUCUCCCCGUGCUAAAGAUCCUGGGCGCCGGCUCGACCGUCGAUGCCUUGCUCGAUGCGGUCAUGGACUUGAUCCCCGCCGAGCUGCUCGAUGGCGCCCAGACCGAGGAGGCGCCUGCUCCCCCGGCUGCUCCGGCUCCGGCUGCCCCGGCUCCCAAGUCUGCGCCUCCCGCGGUGGUGGUGGCAGCCCCCGUAGUUGAGGUCUCCAAGUCCUCGACCGAGACGGCCACCAGUUCGGCCCCCGACAGCCCCCGCGCGAUCCUGACCCCCCAGUCGGUCCCUGACACGCCCGUGGAGACGCCCUUGGACGUGGCCGAUGGCGUGGAGCACACCAAGCAGGCCAUUCAGGCCGUGGAGCGUCACCACGAGGAGACGCGCCGCCAGGCCAUCCUGACGGCGGCCACGGAGCACACCGAGCCACAGACGUACGGCCAAAAACGCUUCUGGUUCUUGACCCACUACAUUGACGACCGCACCACCUUCAACAUCGCCUACAUGUUCACCCUCACCGGCGCCCUCCGCGUCGAUGACCUCGCCGCGGCCGUCGAGUCCGUGGCCCAGCGCCACGAGGCCCUCCGCACGCGCUUCUUCUGGUCCGCGGACGACGCCCGCACCCCCAUGCAGGGUAUCCUGUCGCACGCCCUGGUCCGUCUCGAGACGGCCACGAUCGCCUCCGAGGCCGAGGCCAUCCAGGCGCUCGACGCCAUGCGCGACCACCCCUGGGAUCUGGGCGACUGGGUGCAGCUGCGUCUGCGGCUGCUGUCCGUCUCCGCCACGCAGCACUACCUCCUCAUGGGCACCCACCACAUCUCCAUGGACGGCCACAGCAUGAACCUGCUCAUGCUCGACAUCAACCAGGCCUACCAUGCCCCGAGUCGCAAGGCGCCUGCUCUGCCGGCCGCCUCCCAGGCCCGCGCCUUUGGCGAGAAGCAGCUGGCCGCCUACCACGCGGGCCAGAUGCGCUCCGCCAUCGAGUACUUCCGCCAGCGUCUGGCAUCCGUGGACCUCGCCCGUCCGGUCGGCUUGCUCUCGUUCGCCAAGUCUCAGGUCCGCCGGCCCCUGGAGGGCUACCAGACCAACGUGGCGCGUCUCCGUCUCGAUGCUCCCACGGCCGCCCGCAUGAAGCAGCUGGCGCGCAGCCACCGCGCCACCUCGUUCCACGGCUACCUGGCUGCCCUGCAGGCCCUGCUCUUCCGACUGCUCCCGGCCGAGAGCACCGAGUCGCUGGUCAUCGGUAUCGCCGACGCCAACCGCCUCGACAGCCAGUUCAUGGGCAGUAUCGGAAACUUCCUCAAUGUGCUGCCGCUGCGGUUCGACCGCUCGACCCAGGCCUUUGGCCAGGCCGUUGAGGAUGCCCGCGCGCAGGUCUACGGCGCGCUCGAGCACUCGGCCCUGCCGUUUGAUCUGCUGCUGGAUGAGCUGGCCGCGCCGCGGUCCAACACCCACCCGCCGGUCGUGCAGAUCCUGAUGGAUUACAAGCUGUUUACCCGCGAGCAGGCCGAGAUGGACUGGGCGGGAUGCAAGGUCCGCGAUCAUCGCUGGCACCCGGCUCGGGGUCCGUAUGAUAUUGCCCUGGAGAUUGUCGAGGAUCGCGAGAGUGCCCUGCUGGUUAUUCAUAUGCAGGACGCGCUGUACAGUCAGGAGGCUACCGAUCUGUUCCUGCGCAGCUAUGUCAAUCUCCUGCGCGAGGUGGUCAAGCCCAGCGGGGAUAAGCUGACGGUGGAUAAGCUGGAGAAGUGGGACAAGGCGGAUGUGUCCAAGGCGUUGGAGCUCGGCAAGGGCACCGAUCUCCCGCUGGAAUGGCCCACCAUUGCGCACCGCGUGGACCAAAUCAUCGCCCAGUACCCGGAUAACCUGGCCGUCAAGGACGGCUUCGGCCAUGCCCUAACCUAUGCCGCCCUCGACGCCCGGGUCGAGAGCAUUGCCCGCACCCUCCGGGCGCAGCUCCCCGACCAAGCGCAGCAGCAGUCCGUCGUGGGUGUAUUCCAGACCCCGGCGGUCGACUGGAUCGCCUCCAUGCUGGCCAUUCUCCGCAUCGGCGCCAUCUACCUGCCGUUGGAUCUCAAGGUCUCCGCGCCACGUCUCCAGGGCUAUGUCGAGACCGCCCAGCCCGCCGCCCUGCUGGUGGACCACGACACCGUCUCUCGCACGUCGGAGAUUGCGGAGGACUCCAUCCCCAUCAUCAAUCUCGCCGAUCUCCCCGCCACGGUGGACGACGCCGAGCGCAUCGCCCCUGCCGCCCAGCCGGAGCGUCCGGCCUACAUCAUCUUCACCAGCGGCUCGACCGGCACCCCCAAGGGUAUCGUGGUCAAGCACGCCAGCAUCCGCAGCAUGGUCGAGGGCUUCGUCCGCGAGUGGGACAUUGCCACCACCGGCCGCGUCGUGCUGCAGCAGUUCGCCCUGACCUCGGAUGGCUCCCUGAAGCAGAUUGCCAGUGCCAUCACCACCGGUGGCUGUCUCGUCGUGGCCCCGGCCGAUGCCCGCGGGGAUCCCACCGAGCUGACUCGUCUCAUGGCCGAGCAUGCCGUCACGUUCACCGUCGCCACGCCCUCGGAGUACGGCAUGUGGUUCCGCUUCGCGCCUGACGGCCUCCGUCGCUGCACGGCCUGGACCUCCGCCUGGUUCGGUGGGGAGCGCGCACCCCAGAGCCUGCUGGAUUCGUUCCGAGCCCUACGCACUGCACUGCCCAACCUGAAGGUCUACACCACCUACGGACCCACCGAGGCUUCCGUCUCCACCAUGAAGGGCGUGGCCGACGUCGACGAUCUCCACCUCGCGGUGCCAGUCCCGGGCCGUCCCCUGCCCAACUACGCCGUCUACAUUGUCGACGAGGAUGCCCGUCCGGUCCCGGUCGGCGUCCCCGGAGAGAUUGUCAUCGGCGGGGCUGGUGUCGGCCAGAAUGAAUACCUCCACCGUCCCGACCUGACCGAGCAGCAGUUCCGUCCGGAUCCGUUUGCGCCCCCUCACAAGACGGCCGCUGGCUGGGGCCGCAUGUACCACACCGGGGACUACGGUCGACUCAAUGCCCGCGGCCUGCUCGCCAUCGAGGGCCGCGUGGCCGGUGACGCCCAGGUCAAGGUCCGUGGAUUCCGGAUCGAGCUGGCCGAGAUCGAGAGUGCCAUUGUGCGCGAAGCCGCUGGUGCUAUCGGCCAUGCCGUGGUGACUCUGCGUGCGGACAGCGAGGACGACGAUGGCUUCCUCGCCGCCCACGUCGUGAUCGAGGACCAGACCGAGGCGCAGACCGCCGCGAUCAUUGACGAGCUCCGAGUCGCCCUCCCCCGUGCCCUCCCGCAGUACAUGAUCCCCGCCGUGAUCGUGUCCGUCGACGCUCUACCCCUGACUGCCCACGGCAAAGUCGACCGCAAGGCCGUGCAAGCCCUGCCUCUGCCGGAAAUCAUUGCGACCGCCGCCUCCUCUGAGCAGCCGUCCUUCACCGCGACGGAGCGUCGUCUCGCUGACCUCUGGGCCGCCGUCCUCCCCGCCCACGCCCUCGCCGCGUCUCCCCUCUCCCCCUCCUCGGACUUCUUCCGCGCGGGUGGUAACUCCCUCCUCCUGGUCAAGCUGCAAUCCACCAUCAAACGCGCCCUAGGUGAUGCCCCGCGUCUCAGCAAGCUCAUGAGCACGCCCGAACUCUCCCGCAUGGCCACCCUUCUGGAAACCGAAGGCGCCGCUCCCGACUGGGACAAGGAAAUCGCCCUCGAGCCAUCCCUCCCGGCCCCCUCCACCAUCACCCCGAACCCUAACCCGACCCCCAAAACCACCAACCUUCGCGUCCUCCUCACCGGCGCCACCGGCUCCCUGGGUAAAUCCCUUCUCCCCUACCUUACCGCGAACCAGAAUAUCACCGAGAUCCUCCUCCUGAUCCGUCCUGCCCCCGACCGCGACCUGGCCGCCCUCGCUACUGACCCGAAAAUCCGCACCAUCCCUACCACCCUCCCGGACCUGCCCGCUGACCUGCCCACGGACAUCGACACCAUCAUCCACUGUGCCGCGGACCGCAACUUCUGGGAUGGCUACGCUGCUCUGAAGCCGGUCAAUGUCACCGCUACGAAGGCUCUGGCCAAGUUGGCCCUCUCGACCGGUGCAUCCCUGCACGUCCUCACCUCCGGGGCAGUCGCGGAUCUGCAGUCCCACUCCGAUCGGACUCUGCCCCGGCCGGAUGCCGCCAACGGCUACGUGGCAUCCAAGUGGGUUGCGGAACAAUACCUCGCCUCGUUGGCGGAGAAGUAUGGCAUCGAUGUGACUGUGCAUCGGCCUGCACGCACUCCCAUCUCUAUCCCCUCCGAUUCGACUCGUGAGGAUCUCUCCGAAACCGAGAAGACCGUGGUCGAAAGCUACCUCCUCCACUCGCGCCUCCUCGGGGUCAAGCCCGAUUUUACUCGUCUGGGCGGAUCCUUCCAUCUGGCGGAUCUGGGCUCUAUCUCUACCGAUUUACUCAGCCGCAUCUUCACAUCCACCCCCACUCCUCAAAACAAUCCCCAGAGGCUCAAGAUCGAAACCUACCCCGCCACCGCAACCAUCCGCACGGACGUGACCAGUCGCGCGGCCGAACACCUGUUCCAGGGGGCAGGCAACGAAGAUGUCCUGGGUCUGCCGAGUGUGCCGGCGUUGCAUUGGGUUGGACGCGCCAAGCGCGCGGGCCUCUUUGCGUGGUUUAUUACGGCGCAGGAGUUGGUUGUCACUGAUGAGAGGAGGGAGAGGGCGGUUAGUGUGCGGUAGAGAGCAAUUUUCGUAUCUGGUGGAUGUUGAGGGUGGGUUUUGUGUGUUUUGUUGUUUGGGUGGUUGGAGUUGGUUGUUAGGGCUUCAUGUGCUUGUGUUUGAUUUUAUGCAUGUGUCAAGUUGUUUGUUAGUUGAUUGGUUGGAUGUUUUGGUUAGUUUCUUCUGCUGUUGUGUAUAGUAAAUCACGUUCAGAUUCUGUUUCACUCUUCUUUGAAAACAUCUUCAAUAAUCUCGUCCGGGAUAGCAUUCUGGGGCCUGAUUCAAUCC